GCGGAGGCGGGAGCGGGGGAUGCUGAUUGGUUGGCUCGGACGAGCUCGCUGGGACCUCCCCGGGUGGUUCGCUGAGGCGGGUAGUGUGGCGGGCGCAGCGGGGUCCGAGCCGGCGCCCUCUCGCCUCCUCCUCCCCCCCGCCCCGCUCAGGCCUGCCAGCCCGGCCCGGGCCGGGGGUGCCGCCGCCCAGCCAAGACCGUCGGAGCGGGACCAUGGCGGGCCAACAGGAGCGGGCCAAGGAGAUCCUGAGAGGAUUCAAGCUAAACUGGAUGAAUCUCCGGGAUGCAGAAACAGGGAAAAUUCUCUGGCAAGGAACAGAAGACCUCUCUGUCCCUGGAGUAGAACAUGAAGCUCGCGUUCCUAAGAAAAUCCUGAAAUGCAAGGCCGUGUCUCGGGAGCUGAACUUCUCCUCAUCGGAGCAGAUGGAGAAAUUCCGUCUCGAACAGAAAGUGUAUUUCAAAGGGCAGUGUCUAGAAGAGUGGUUCUUUGAGUUUGGCUUCGUGAUCCCCAACUCCACAAACACCUGGCAGUCCUUGAUAGAAGCAGCUCCAGAAUCGCAGAUGAUGCCCGCUAAUGUUCUAACCGGCAACGUUAUCAUAGAAACCAAGUUUUAUGACGACGACCUCCUCGUAAGCACUUCCAGAGUAAGACUGUUCUACGUUUGAGAGAAGGCCAGGGUGGGGCAGGGGGUGUGGUUUAGUCUCUUUCCCCUCAUCUGGUUCCUGGUGCAGAAUCCCCACCUCGCCCAACCAACUGUCCAGCGGAAGACUCUUCCUUGUAGGCUGUGACCCCAGGACCAGCUCGGUGCAUCUUGUGACCUUGGCCAGUCCUCUGUUUCCUCCUCCUGGCUGGACAAGGCCGAGUCGUGAGAUGGGCCCCCAUCUGCUCAGAACUGGGGGGAGGGCGGGCUGAGGGACUUGGAGCCUCUUGCAAGCAAAUGGUCAUGAGGGAUCAAGACUGUAAAUUAUGUUUAGGUUUUUUUAAUCCUUUGUAUGUAUGUUUUUGAAUCUUAGACCCCAGCCUCUCCUUCUUGGCAGGCAGUAUGUUGUCUCAGUUCUUCAUGAGUUGAGUUAACUCUCUCCUUCCCAUCACCAUUCCUUUCUUUUUUUCUUUCUCAUUUAAAAAAGAAUUCAUUUCAUCGCUGAUUUCUGUGUAAUUGGCCCAAACAUCAUCCCCUCCCACCUUCACUUCUUAACUUGUAAAAUAGACUGUGAUAUUAUUACAUAAUGUAAUUAAAAUAAAUUUCUGAAUUAAAAAGCAAACAUUCCUACCA